AUGAAGGUAAAAAAAUUUUUGACGAGUAAUGUUUGUCGUGUAACUGCUGACUGUCCAUUGAAUGCCAUUUGUGAGCCUCGAAGCGGGUGGGAUGGCCAAUGUGUAUGUCGAGACGGUUACUUUAUGAAGCCAAGUGGGAAGACCCGUCACUGUAUUCAGAUCGCUGAUUAUGGUGAGCUUUGUUAUAUGGAUCAACAGUGCGAGUUUCGUCUUGGCCUUUAUGCUGAAUGUAGAAAUGGUCAGUGUGCGUGUAAAAGCAACGCACAUUACAUUGUUAAUGAAAAUGCUUGCUUCAAAAGUUCGAAAAUAGGCGAUUAUUGCCGCUUAACAUCUAAUUGUGCUGUUGAUCUUACAACAUGUGUCAAAGGUGAAUGUCGCUGUCCAUUGAACUAUCAUUCAAAUUGGGAGAAGAACAGAUGUUUAAAGAACGUUGAGUUAAAUGAAACGUGCUAUAAUCAUGAAGAAUGCGUUGCAGAGAAUUCAAUAUGCUACCAGACGUGCAAAUGUCGAACGAGUCAUGUUAUGAGUCAAGAUGGAAAGCAAUGUCUUCCACUUGCAAACAGCCUUUACCAAAAGUGCCAGGAAGAUUCACAAUGUAGUCAAGUUGCUUAUACAUAUUGCGGAUCUAACCAAACAUGCAUUUGUCUGUCUGAUCAUCAUGAUAUCAACAGCGUAAGAAUCAGUGAUGAUUCAUACAACGAUGAUCGACAAUUAAACGUUCAAUUAUCAUUGAAUUUCUUCCAGAGAUGUCACGUAACCGUUCGUCUCAACGAAGUCUGUGAAGAUGAUUUAAAUUGUGUCAUCGCUCAUUCAAGUUGCAUAAAUCGUCGUUGUCAAUGCGAUGAUGGUUUUAGCGAGUUUCGUGGAAAAUUUUGUUCCAAUGCUGAUAGAGUUCAAAUUAGUUUAUUUAUUGCGCUUGUGCUUAGCUUUACGAGACUCUUAUAGUGAAUGUUAUUAAGAUAUUUGUUUGAACAUUAACCACAUGGAGCCAGGCUCUAAUUUCAUUCAUGGAAAACAAAUGGGAAAUAGCGGAUUGUUUUUCCAACCAAAUUAAUUAUCUCUCCUUUUUGUGAUAUUUUUAUUAUUAUGAUGUAGAUGAGUGUGAAUAUUAAAAUGUUGCGUCACCUUUUAAAAUAUAAAUGAAAAUUAUCAUUUGCAAUUUACCAAGACGAGAAUUCUAUUGACCGUUUCAAUUAUCAAAUUCUAUUUUGAAUUGACAAAAUAUUUAUUCUUGAAUAUCUUGAAGAAGUUCGUGACGUCAUUUUAAAAAGAUUUUUCUCGCCUACCAAAAAUCACACUUCAUUUAAAUAUUCUUAUGAUUGACAAUGUGAUCCGCUAUUAACCCUUCAAAGUAGUUAUUCACUCAUUUGUUCACUCCCACGCGCAAGCACACACAUAGUAACAUGUCCAAAGCCGCCCUCAAAUAUUUCUAGAUAUGUUGAUGUCUUAAUUUCCAAAUUCAUUAGAAUUU